AGUCAGGCGAUGAGAAUCGUGAGAACCAUCGGCCAGGCCUUCGAGGUGUGCCACAAGUUGGGAACCUUGUCCAGACCCCACUCAGAGCUCAAGGAGGACGCCAGUGAUAGGUCAUCUGAGGACAACGAGCGACGGGUCUCCAAAACCACAGAAGCUGACAGCGGUGAGAAGAAAGAACUCAAUACCCCAACCAAGAGUCCGGACGUCAACAGGGAGACCCAGAAACCGAAUCCACCAAACGAGUUGAGUUUGAAGCACACACAGCAAGACUUUCAUGCGGGAUGCAUCACUGUGUCACCACUCCUGGCCUCGCCCGGCUUGCUGGCAGACAACCUAGACAGCGGCAACGGUAGCAGCCACAGCGCCCAGCUACCCCUGACUCAGCAUCAUCAGCUGCAGCUGGUGCGACAGCAGUUGGAACAACAACAGCACCAAACUCAGGUGGCUAUAGCCCAGGUACAUUUGCUCAAGGAUCAACUGUCGGCAGAGACCGCUGCCAGGAUCGAAGCUCAGGCCAGAGCUCACCAGCUGCUGCUACACAACAAGGACCUACUGGAUCACGUGUCCCUGUUGGUGACGCGGGUUCAGCAGCUAGAGAUCAAGGUGACCGGAGUGAAUCCCCAGAAUGUGGAGACUUUCCACGCCUCGGCACAGAUUUGCACUCUACCAGAUGCUACAACACCACGCCCCGCCCCCGUCUGUUUGCCAGACUUGAGACCUUCCAGUCAUUAUAUAGAUCACAGCAUGAUGGGUGGGGCUAGCACAUUCACCAAUACAAAAGCUGCGGUUCUUGAUGCUGAUUCGCCAGACAGUGGUCAUAAAGAAAUGUCUUCCGAGAGCCUAACAUACAGCUUGAAUGGCGGAGAUACGAGUGGCUGGCUGAACCCUUAUGGGUUGUCCUCUCUGUCCUCACACGACUCAAGCCGAAGUGAUAACAAUGAUUGGUUGACGCAUACAGCACGCUCCUCCUCCUCGCCCCAGUCUUCAUCUCCCAGCAAAAGCAGCACACUGAAGGCUGGAAGUACUAGUAGCAUUGACCACCCAGGGAACUUCCGCUUUGCUCCACAUGCUUCCUCCUCACCUGCAUAUAUGUCAGAUCCCUUCAUGUGUCGCUGUCCAAACUUGUACAAGAGUCCGUCUCAGUCGUCUCCACACAAGAAAGAAGCAUCAGAUAAGGUCAAGCUAAUCUCGCCACUUGCAUCCCCAGCGUCAUCCAGUUCACAGAAAAUGGACUGCAGAUUGUCCACUUCUUUUCAGCACGCACAAGUGUUUUCUUCCGGGUCAUUUUCUUCUGUGUCGCAUUCACCCCCGUCUGGAAUGUCUUCGUUUGGUGGGGGCGCGCCAAAGAUAGACCCGCCUCCUAAGUUUCGAAGAACAUCUAGACCUAUAGAGCGAUGGGAGCGGGGUAGUUGGUACGGACCGCCUGUAAAUGAACCGGCUGGUGCUUUCACUUCUGACGGUGAUUACUACAUGGCUUGUGGUAGCGGCAACAACGGAUCAAACGUCGUGAUGAGACCACACACGCGAAGUUGCAGCAGCAGUAGUAGCAUCAGCACAGGAGCUUUCCACUACAGCGACUGCAGUGCUCGCUCUUCGGUGUACACCGACAACCGGGACAGCGCAGCAUCCAUGGCUUCACUGAGACAUAAGCUAGACCUUAGAGUCAACGAUCUGAACUCCACCUCCCACGAGCAUGACCAGACUCAGCGCUGCCAGCCCCACCACAACGGCAGGUGGAGGAUGAGACUGAGCUACACCUCUGAUGACAACAGCGAUAACUCUGCAGACUUCGCCACUUCUUCCUCACAAAACCAGAUACGCGAUAAAGAGAGAUUAGAGUCUUUAAGAAGUUAA